AGCCGACGCUCGGUAGUGAACAUCUGUCGCCUGGCUCUUUGAACCGAGGCUGACUGAGCGGGCUCCACAGUCCGAGUCCAGUCCGCGGACCAAACCAGGCAAGAACGACACGAGAGGCGCAGCAGGACCCGAACCUGGACCAUGAGAGGAGGUGGACCCAGGCGCGCCGAGCCGUCCUAACCGAAACUCGCAGAAAGAUGAAGACACCGCUGCGCCAUGGCGUGGCCGCGCUGCUCGUGGUGCUCCUGUGCGCCAGCCUCUUCCUGGUUUACAACGGCAGUUUCAACGGCGCCGCCAGGGACGCCAACGACACGCGGCGGCAAGAACAACUGCCACGGCCCAUUGUUUCCUCUGUCAGGAUGUCUGAGCCUCACCCACGCCCCCUGCUGGGCUACAGCAGCAUCAUGGACCAUAAGCCUCUCAGGAUGCACUGCCAUACGUGCGCACUGGUGACCAGCUCGGGUCACCUGAUCGGCGGCGGGCAGGGCGAGGAGAUCGACGGGGCCGAGUGCGUCAUCCGCAUGAACGACGCACCCGCCGCCGGGGACUUUGCUGCCGACGUCGGGCGCCGCACGUCUCUGCGCGUCAUCGCCCAUUCCAGCAUGCAGCGGGUGCUGAGGAGCCGCCACCAGCUGAUCAACGCCAGCCAGGACACGGUGUUCAUCUUCUGGGGGCCCAGCAACUACAUGAGGCGGGACGGAAAGGGUGUGGUCUACAACAACCUGAGGCUGAUGAGCCAGGUCCUGCCCAAGCUCAAAGUCUACAUCAUCUCCUGGCAGAAGAUGCUGCAGUUUGACGAGCUCUUCAAGAAGGAGACUGGCAAGGACAGGAGGAUAUCGAACUCGUGGCUGAGCACCGGCUGGUUCACGAUGACCAUUGCCCUGGAGCUGUGUGAUAGGAUCAACGUCUACGGCAUGGUGGCGCCCGACUUCUGCAGCAGGGAGCCGGAGAACCACUCGGUGCCGUACCACUACUAUGAGCCGCGGGGCCCCGACGAGUGCGCCAUGUACAUAUCGCACGAACGCGGGCGGCGAGGCAGCCACCACCGCUUCAUCACAGAGAAGCGGGUCUUCGCCAACUGGGCACGGACGUUUGACAUCCACUUCUACCAGCCCGACUGGAGCCCCGCCCCUCUGCAGGCCAACCGGACCCUGAAGGCCAGCGUCACGGCGGCCGGCCAGUCGUGAUGUAAACUACGGACUCUGAGGGAAUAAGCGGUUUUAUCGAUUCAACAACACGACAAGUUCUGUUCCAACGCUCCAUCAACUGAAGGUGUUUCAAAGUCACCCGGUGGCUUUUUUUCCCCCUGACAAACAACCCAGCGAAGGUAAAGUUACACGGGGUUGGAGCAUCCUCAUCUUACAGUCCCUCGGGAGAGCUUGCACUGUCAAUCACUGUGUGUGUGUGUGUGUGUGUGUGUGUGUGUGUGUGUGUGUGUGUGUGUGCGUGCGUGCGUGCGUGCCUGCGUGUGUGUGUGUAAGAGAACCAGGGCGCGCAUUAGGCACCGAGAGCCAGUUCAAUUCAAAGUUAAACUUCAGACCUUCUGCAGUUACCAAAGAUGAAGAUGAGGCGGUGCCACACAAGCAAAAAAAAAUAAAAAUUGUCAAAAAUGUCCACAACAUAUUUCCCAGUCACGUUCACAACAAAAAGGUGCGCUGAGUUAGCUCAACAUGUCAUAACGUUAACACAGUGUUUUUCAACCUUUUUUGAGCCAAGGCACACUUUUUUCGUUGAAAAUAAAUCAUUAAAAAACGAAACUUAGUCGACAGUAAAAAGUUGUUGUCACAAUUGUUGGAUAUGACUUUAAAGCAUAACCAAGCAUGCAUCACUAUAGUUCUUGUCUCAAAGUAGGUGUACUGUCACCACCUGUCACAUCACGCCAUGACUUGUUUUGACUUUUUUGCUGUUUUCCUGUGUGUAGUGUUUGAGUUCUUAUCUUGCGCUCCUAUUUUGGUGGCUUUUUGUGUCUUUUUUUUGUAUUUCCCUGUAGCAUUUUCAUGGAGCGAUAUUUCCCGCAUCUACCGUAUUUCCUUGAAUUGCCGCCGGGGCGCUAAUUAAUUUAAGACCUCUUCUCACCCCUGCGCUUACCAAAGGCAUAAAGUAAAAAUUUGAGUGUGAUGUAAGCUUGGACCUUAAAUCCUACUGAAUAGCUCUUAAUCUUCUUCCCUUUAUGCGAUUUCAAAUUACCGGUACUGAAAUCAGCCUCCUCCAUUUUGAAAAUGAUGACUUGGGAAGUGUCACUUGACACGUCACGAGUUUGACCCGGCAGUAAUACUAAGCAUGCGCUAAUUAUUUUGGGAAGCGAGUUUGACCCAGCAGUAAUUGAAGGCAGGCGCAUACUAUAUGCCCUGCGGCAAGUCAAGGAAAUACGGAACUUUGUUUUAGCAAUCAAGAAUAUUUCAUUUUUUAUCCUUCGUUGUGGGGACAUUGAUGAUUGUCAUGUCAUGUUCGGAUGUACAUUGUGGACACCGUCUGUGCUCCCACAGUAAGUCUUUGCUGUCGUCCAGCAUUCUGUUUUUGUUUACUUUGUAGCCACUUCAGUUUUAGUUUUGUUCUGCAUAGCCUUCCCUGAGCUUCAAUGCCUUUUCUUAGGGGCACUCCCCUUUUGUUUAUUUUUGGUUUAAGCAUUAGAUACCUUUUUACCUGCACGCUGCCUCCCGCUGUUCCCAACAACUACAAAAUAAUUAGCUACCGGCUGCCACCUAAUGAUAUGGAAGAGUAUAACAUUGUUACUCUGCCGAGCUUUAGACAGCACCGACACUCAACAACAACAUAUAAUUUGCAGACUUAUUUUAAGUAAUAGUUUGCAAAAAAUAUUUUUAACCCUAUUAGGUAAAAUUUGAUAAUCUCCCACGGCACACCAAACUGUAUCUCACGGCACACUAGUGAGCCACGGCACAGUGGUUAAAAAACACUGUGUUAACAAACACACAGCUGCUAAUGACAACACCUUGAAGUCGGAACACAUAGGAAGUGAAAUGACUUUUGCAUGUAUUUUAUGUAAUGUUACAUUUAGAGCAGGAGUGUCUAACUCAGAUUGUUGGUCAAAGAAAUGUAUACUCAACCCCGUUUCCAUAUGAGUUGGGAAGUUGUUAUAGAUGUAAAUAUAAACAGAAUACAAUGAUUUGCAAAUCCUUUUCAACCCAUAUUCAGUUGAAUAUGCUACAAAGACAACAUAUUUGAUGUUCAAACUGAAAACCAUUUUUUUUUCAAAUAAUCAUUAACUUUAGAAUUUGAUGCCAGCAACACGUGACAAAGAAGUUGGGAAAGGUGGCCAUAAAUACUGAUAAAGUUGGGGACUGCUCAUCAAACACUUAUUGGGAACAUCCUACAGGUGUGCAGACUAAUUGGGAACAGGUGGGUGCCAUGAUUGGGUAUAAAAACAGCUUCCCAUAAAAUGCUCAGUUUUGCACAAGAAAGGAUGGGGCGAGGUACACCCCUUUGUCCACAACUGCGUGAGCAAAUAGUCAAACAGUUUAAGAACAACCUUUCUCAAAGUGCAAUUGCAAGAAAUUUAGGGAUUUCAACAUCUACGCUCCAUAAUAUCAUCAAAAGGUUCAGAGAAUCUGGAGAAAUCACUCCACGUAAGCGGCAUGGCCGGAAACCAACAUUGAAUAACCGUGACCUUCGAUCUUUCAGACGGCACUGUAUCAAAAACCAACAACAAUCUCUAAAGGAUAUCACCACAUGGGCUCAGGAACACUUCAGAAAACCACUGUCACUAAAUACAGUUUGUCGCUCCAUCUGUAAGUGCAAGGUAAAGCUCUACUAUGCAAAGUGAAAGCCAUUCAUCAACAACAUCCAGAAAUGCCGCCGGCUUCUCUGGGCCCGAGGUCAUCUAAGAUGGACUAAUGCAAAGUGGAAAAGUGUUCUGUGGUCUAACAAGUCCACAUUUCAAUUUUUUUUUGAAAUUUUCGACAUUGUGUCAUCUGGACCAAAGGGGAAGCGAACAUUCCAGACUGUUAUCGGCACAAACUUCCAAAGCCAGCAUCUGUGAUGGUAUGGGGGGUGCAUUAGUGCCCAAGGCAUGGGUAACUUACACAUCUGUGAAGGCACCAUUAAUGCUGCAAGGUACAUACAGGUUUUGGAACAACAUAUGCUGCCAUCUAAAAGCCAUCUUUUUCAUGGACGCCCCUGCUUAUUUCAGCAAGACAAUGCCAAGCCACAUUCAGCACGUGUUACAAGUGCAGGUACUUUCCUGGCCCGCCUGCAGUCCAGACCUGUUUCCCAUCCAAAAUGUGUGGCGCAUUAUGAAGCGUAAAAUACGACAGCGGAGACCCCGGACUGUUGAAGGACUGAAGCUCUACAUAAAACAAGAAUGGGAAAGAAUUCCACUUUCAAAGCUUCAACAAUUAGUUUCUUCAGUUCCCAAACAUUUAUUGAGUGUUGAUAAAAGAAAAGAUGAUGUAACAGUGGUGAACAUGCCCUUUCCCAACUACUUUGGCACGUGUUGCAGCCAUGAAAUUCUAAGUUGAUUAUUAUUUGCAAAAAAAUAAAGUUUAUGAGUUUGAACAUCAAAUAUCUUGUCUUUGUAGUGCAUUCCGUUGAAUAUGGAUUGAAAAAGAUUUGCAAAUCAUUGUAUUCUGUUUAUAUUUACCUGUAACACAAUUUCCCAACUCAUAUGGAAACGGGGUUUGUAGAUUGCUGCCAUAUUUCACACGAGUAAGGCCGUCGGGCUGUCGGGUAGACAAAGAAAAUUUCUGGGAGUUUUCCGCAGAAUCCGCAAGAGUUUGAAUUGCGUGUGAAGAGCAAGUGUUUCCCUGAAUGUCUUCUUGUUGUUACAAUGAUCACUUUUGAUUCAUGCAUUUUUAAAGGAGACCUAUGAUGAUUUUAAUCUACACUUAAAUUGUGGUCUGGGCCCUUGUUCACACUGCACGUCAAUUCCAAUUAUUUUGCCCACCUGUAUCGAAUUUUUAGGACAAUGCAAUUCCGAAUUUUUCAUAUCCGACCCAGGCCUGUUUCAUAUGUGGAUAUAAAUAAUAUAUAUAUGCCAUGCCUUCUUAAUGUCAACUUUCCCUUGCUCAGGUGGCAUUCAUGCGACCAGAAUGUCAUCAAAAAGCGACAAGUGUCAUAAUUAUUCACCAAAAUAGACUGUUACAAAGUAAAUAGUUGACAACGGAGCAGAAAACGGGGGAAAAUAAUGUGUUAAGAACACACAUGAAAGUUCCACCAGUCCCGUCCCCCACAAACACUGCGACACUUGCCCUCUUCUUUCUUUUACGCACAGUUACUAACUUCAGAAAUAUGUUGAGUUUGAUUGCACAAAAUCCUUAAAAUUGCCACAAAUGCGCCAGUACUGAGAUUGACUGGAGCAGGGGUCGGCAACCCAAAAUGUUGAAAGAGCCAUAUUGGAGCAAAAAUACAAAAAAACAAAUCUGUCUGGAGCCGCAAAAAAAUAAAACCGUAUGUAAGUGUUAUUAUAAAGACAACACUUGAUGUUUGGUCUAUAUUAGUCAUAAUAGCCUACUAUCAAAAUGACAAUGUGUCGGACGCUGACACAAAUCUUUGUUGACAGAAAUGUUGAAAUGUAAUAUUUAUUCUACACAUUUUUACAACACUGGUAAUUAUUAGUAAAAUGAAGGCUUGUCAGAGGGUGAGAUAACUGAUGGAAAUGACUGGCUUAGAAUGGUCAAAGGUAUCGAUGUGUGUGUCCAAGUUAAAGGAAAGGGCAGGCUGUCUUCUUCUAAUGAAUAUAUUACAAUAUUUGCAAGCUGGGUAACGUUUGCUGUGGUCUGGAACAACAGCUGUCAAAAAUGCAGCCAAUAUUACAUACAGAUAGUGUCAUGAGACAUGCAAAUAUAAAUUGAAUUAAGAAGACUUAAAGGAAAUUAAAUGAGCUCAAAUAUACCUACACAGGAGGCAUAAUGAUGCAGUAUGUACAUACAGCUAGCCUAAAUAGCUUGUUGGCAUCGAUUAGCUUGCAGUCAUGCACUGACCCAACACUGUAUGCCUGAUUAGCACUGCACACAAGUCAAUAACAUCAACAAAGCUCAACUUUGUUUAUUCACGCACAGCAAUAAAAGUUUGGUGGACAAAAUGGGACAAAAAGGUGGACAAAAAGGGGUGGCAUAAAACACGUCUUAGAAAGUAGGGAGAAAGUUAUACAUGUAAAAAAACUAUGGUUUGUUCAAGGACCGCCAAGAUUAGCAGGACAAAACGUCCCUCGCCAAAUAAUAAUAAUAAUAAUGGAUUCGAUUUAUAUCGCGCUUUCUAUUAUUAGAUACUCAAAACGCUCACAGAGAAGUGGGAACCCAUCAUUCAUUCACACCUGGUGGUGGUAAGCUACAUCAGUAGCCACAGCUGCCCUGGGGUAGACUGACGCAAGCGUGGCUGCCAGUUUGUGCCUACGGCCCCUCCGACCACCACCUGUCAUUCAUUCACAAGUGUGAGCGGCACCAGGGACAAGGGUGAAGCGUCUUGCCCAAGGACACAACGGCAGCAACUUGGAUGUCAAUAGGUGGGGAGCGAACCUGCAACCCUGAGGUUUCUGGCACGGCCGCUCUACCCACUACGCCAUGCCGCCCCAAAUAGUCUCUAAUCAGUGAAGCAUGUUUAAUAUAAGUAAUGUGCUUUCUAACAAUUAGGAAGGUUUGUGUCAUGUUUGUCCUCCUAUAGAAAGUAUAAUAAAACUAAAAAUAUUAUUUUUCCCUCACCGUUUUCCAUUUUUCAUACAUUUUUGAAAAAUGAGCCACGGGUUUCCCACCCCUGGAAUAGAGCUAAAGCCAUUUUUACUUCCAUAAAACAGUGCAGUGCUUGCAACAUCAUGACAUGAUGUCUGCAUGCGGGUCGGAUUGCAUUAGAAAUCACAUUUUUGUAAUGUGAAAAGGCCACUAAAAAGAUCGGAUUUGACAAAAAAAAAAAAUCUGAAUUGGACAUCUGACCAUGCAGUGUGAACCUAACCUAAAUUAUAUGUCUUGGAUAGAUUUUGGUGUAAAUGUAUUUCACGGUCAGAUAUAUAAUACAUUUUUUGAGUCGAGUACUGUAUUUCCUUGAAUUGCCGCUGGGGCGCCAAUUAAUUUAAAACCUCUUCUCACUCCGGCGUUUACCAAAGGCAUGCGGUAAAGGGAAGCAUGCGCUAAUUAUUUUAAAACCUCUUCUCAAUCCGGCACUUAUCAAAGGCAUGCGGUAAAUUUAGGCCUGUGCUUAUAAAUUUGAGUGUGAUGUAAGGAUACCAUCAUGAAAAGCACAUUUAAUAAAAAAAGGUUAUUAUGGUCUUACCUUUACUUAUAAAUGAAGUCCAUGUGCAGCUCCUUCUGAUCAAAAGCAUCGAUAACUUGUUUAUAGAAGUCUUCCUUAUCUUUCUUCAGUUUUAAAAGUCUCUCUGUCUCGAUGGAGAUCUUCCUUUAUUACCUCCUGCUUCGAUUGAAAGUCCAGUUUAGAAAACUGUUUUAUUUUAGAUAUGUAAUCCUCCAUGUUAAAAGUGCAAGCGAGAGGAAAAAAUAAACGAUCGCUGCUCACUCUUGCUGCUUGUUGUCACUUCUUCUGCAGCCGCGUAGUCGCAAGAAGGAUCCCUAGCGCCCUCUACCACCAGGAGGCGGGAGUCAUUUAAUGACUCAUAUUUGACACACGCAGCUACGGUAUAUUAAUAAAACCCAGCUGCUUACUGUUUUUUUGAGCAUAUUCAAUAGCUUGGACCUUAAAUCCUACUGAAUAGCUCUUAAUCUUCUUCCCUUUAUGCAAUUUCAAAUUAUUGAAAUCAGCCUCCCCCAUUUUGAAAAUGAUGACAGGUGAAGUGUCACUCGUGACGUGACGAGUUUAACCAGCGGAAAUUCUAGGCAUAUGCUAAUUAUUUUGCGAAACGAGUUUGACCCGGCGGAAAUUUUAGACACGCGCUAAUAAACAUAAUAUUUUGCGAAACGAUAUAUAGAUAGAUAGAUAGUACUUUAUUGAUUCUUUCAGGAGAGUUUCUUCAGUUUGAUCCGGCGGUAAUGCUAAGCAUGCGCUAAUUAUUUUGCAAAUUGAGUUUGACCCUAGGCAGGCGCAUACUAUAUACCCGGCAGCAAUUCAAGGAAAUACGUUAUGUCUGCAAGAUGUUUGAUUGUAGCUGUGGUACCAGGUUGCAAAUGAAACCCCGCCCCACCUUUAUCAAAAGUAUCAGAAUCAGAUUUAUUGGCCAAGUAUGUUAAGAAUUUGACGGUAAACAUUUGUAUUUUCAAAAUGUACAACUGUUUAAAAAUAUAUCUUGAAGUCACCGCAAUUUUUUUUCCAGACAGGGUUGAAAAUAAACUUCCUAAACAUUGUAUGAAAUUGCAUGGUCACAUCAUUAGGUACUCUUGCACACUCUCCAAUCGAUUCUGAGCUGCAUUUUAAAAAGUUACUUUUAGCAGCAUUUGACUGAUGUCAUUGUGGUUUGUGCAGCCCUUAGAGGCACCUGUGAUUAAAGACUAUAUAAAUGAACUCUGAUUGAUUAAUUGAUUGAUUUAUGUCACUGCAUGUCAGUGUUAAGUGCAUGCCAAGAUAAAAUAAAAUAAAAACACGUUAUCCUAACUUUUUUGUGUUACCUCAAAACCUUUUUUCAAACCCGAACUAAUUUCUCCUCGGUGGCUAAUCCAAUUUUGUAGUGGCCAAAUAAACACGGAAGUAAUUAUUCUAUUGACACAGAGCAGGUGGGAAAGCUUGAAAGGAGAAAGAUACAGAAGCUGCAGAGUCUCAGUUAGUCAGCUCAUCAGAGGAGGAGGCUUGCAGAGACAAUAUGUCCUAGAAGGAGCACGAGUACAUCAGUUCAUGUGCGACAUCACAGAUUGUUGAAAAAAAGAUUCCGACACCCAGUGAACACCGCGACCAAAACUGCAUGUAAGCUCACGGCCAAAUGCGUGAACUUUAUGGUUUAAUACUUUGGUUUUGUUUAACGCACGUAUCCAACAUUGUAACAUUUAUAAGUCAGAAAAGAGGAAAAUCAUUACAGGUCUCAUUUAAUGUGUUACUUUGUACUGACAUUGUUUAGUACUUAAAAGGGUAACGCUUUUAGUCGUGUGCAAUUAAACUAUUGAUACUUUAGGUCAGGGGUCCCCAAAAUCCGGCCCGCCAAAAAAAACAAAAAAACUGUUUUUAAUUAUUAUUAUUUUUAAAUCUGUCCUUUUUAAUCCAUUUUCUACCGCUUGUUACUCUGGGUGUCUCAUAGUCGCUCAGGCAAAUCAUAUAGUCUAAAAAUGCAUUUUACCAUCGAUAACGUGACAUCAUCGCACUCUGUAUGUAUGUAUGUAUGUAUAUAUAUAUAUAUAUAGAGAGAGAGAGAGAGAGAGAGAGAGAGAGAGAGAGAGUCGAGGUUUCUGCAGUUUAUCCGUUAUACAGUGCUGAAUACCGGGGUAGAGCUUAAUAUAUGUUAGGUCAGAAAAAAACGCAGAGGCU